GCAGAGCACCUGACUCUCGAAAGGUUUCUCAAAGCCAUAGGGCAGUCACGAAAGACCUAAGAACGGGGUCCAGCGGCACGUGGUUGUUAGGCAUUAUGUAUCCAUACACCCAUCCACCAUAGGUCUGGAUCCCGUGAGCAUGCUCGCCGCCUGAGGGUCCCGCCAUGUACUCCUACAUCUGCCUGCCGCCCGGGGAGGGCGCCUGGCCUCCUCGGCUGCAGACCGUCAACUACACCUAUCUGCCCGCCCCUCUGCUGCUGCCACCCAUCCAGACCCACAACUUCUGCAGCCGGCCGCCGGGACUGAGCGCGGCCCCGCGAGAAUUCCACUGCUUCCACGGUGCGGCCGCGGCCCUGGUCUCCGCGCCGCCGUGGUGGGCCUUCCCGCCACCCGGUGCCGCGGCCCCUGGUUCCUUGUUCCCCGCCUCCGGCGUGUCCGCGUCAUCCCAGCCCCCGACCAACACCGAGCGCUGGGCGCCGUGGCCCGAGGGCAGCAGCCUGCAGCUGCAGCUGCGCUGGGGCCGCGUGGAGCGCACGCGGGGGCCACCCCUGCCACUGCCGGACACGGUGCGCCGCGAGCUGCGGCGCGUGUACGGCACCUACCCGCGCACCGACGUGCGCGUGACCCGGCGCGGCGGCCAGUACCUGCUCCAGGCUACACCGCGCGUGGGCGAGCCCGAAUACCAGGUGGAGCGGCGCGUGGUGCGCCGGCCUGCCAGCGACGACGGCGGGGAUAGCGGGGACAGCCCGGCCGCUCAGGAAGCAGUGCAGCGCGGCCGCCCCAAGAAAAAGCAAGGGCUGCGAUGA